AUGCGGCCCUCGGCGAGUUUAACACUUCUUUAUGUCGGCCUGAUAGGCCAGACUGUUCUUUCGCAGGACACAGAUCUUGCACAUAGCUUUAACCAUUCAAGGAUUGGAAUUACAGAGACUAUCACCGAAACUACGUGGGUCUAUCCCGUAGUUACGAUGUACGGUGCACGGGAGAGACAAUGUGGUCCACAAUCUUUGGAACUUUGUGUAGAUGUUUCCAGAUCGAUGUUCUCUAUGGGUUCUAUGACUACAGCGCCGUUACCAACUUCUACUGCAACCUUGCAAGGACCUUUUGCAAUUGAAGUCCAGACUUUACAGGAAGUUGUGGAACUGACUGAAACGCAAUAUCUUGCCAUUGCUGGUGAAUAUGUCGUCCUUUACCCGGGUCCUCAUAUUCCCGGGUGGUAUAUUGACUCUGAUGGAAAUCUUAUUUUUGAUAACACUGGUUUCAGGCUUGGGAUUGCUCCGCUUGAUAUACAAACAUCAAACGUAAAGCGAAUGUUGAGAAUAGAUCCCGAUCAAGAUAACAAUGGUUAUGAUACUAUCAUAGCUGGAAACAGAGAAGCUCCAGUCGGUGCGAAUAUAUUUACUAGAUGGCACGGGGACCCGAGAAGUCCUACUUCUCCGCUCCAAAUCAUCGACCAAGAUAAUAAUGUCACCGAUCUUGGUUUCAUGGGGUGCAAGUUCGUUAUCCCGGACUUAGGUGUCAAGGCAUGGCAAUUGGAGGCUGCGUACAACGUCGAGGGAUUCCUACAAAGCAACGAGACAUCUAGUGUAGUCGACCCCGAAUUUUGCGCCUCAGUUCUACUAUUACCGGUUACGUCGGUCCCGGUGUCUACAGCCGUAUCUUCGCAUACAUCAAAUUAUAUCACCACUUCUUCUUCAUCGGUGGCUAGUAUUACUCCUACGCCGACAGAGACAACUUGGACUUCUUUCCCGAUUCAAGUCGACUUUGAUACCUCGAACAGCCCAGACACGGAGGCGGAGUAUUAUAUCGAAGAAGAUGAGAAUGGAUAUGCAUAUGUCGAUGCAACUACGGAUCCUCCUUACUACCAUUAUCACAAUGAUAGCGGCCUUCUUUCCUCCGAAGUUUCAGGAAAUUACCUGAAGAUCGCAGUCGUAGACUCGCCUAAUAGCCUCUCCUCCUCAUCUUCAGCUGGCAGACGUCGCCAAAUCUCCAACGGCGAUAACUUCGAAGCCAUAGUCGAAGGCGAAACCAUCAUCCCCGCCGGCAUCAACAUCCCAACAUUCCUCGUCUGCCCCCCAAACUCCACGGACACAGAUAAUCACUCCCUCAUCCUAGCUUACGACCCAGAUACCUACAUCCAACAAAACUCCAAUUUAAACUGCGUAACCGCAAGUCUAAGCUUAAACACAAACGCCCCAACCCCAUCAACAACCAUCAUCAGCACCACAAUAACAACCACAGAACUCCCCACUGUCACAGCUACAGCUCUUUCUCCCAAUAUCAUCGGAUGUAACGCACUAAACUAUACACUAGCAUACUCAACCACCGGUGUCAUGAACUCCUUCGCUACCGCAUGUUGGUGUUAUUCUUACCUCGCAUCUACAAUCUCCGCCAUCACAACCCAAGACUGUACCCCCACAAUCUACAAAGUAGUCCCAAGCAUAACCUCCAUUUCCGUCUCCGGCGUCCUCUCCUCCACAACCUCCGGUAGCGGUGCAAUCCGUUCCGAUAGAGAAAGCAUAAACUCCCACCACCGCUUUAUUCUUCCCAGAAACACCACCGCCGUUGCGGGAACAACGACUAUUUCCACACCAGCCACCACCACUACUAACAAUUACGAAGAUAUAACAGUAGUCCCCACCCCGACAGAAUGGUUUUCGGCAGUCGAGGCUUCUCCGGCUUAUUUUACAAGCUUUUGUGAUACGAUGUUGGAAGGGAAUAGGAUUGAGACUUUAACGAUCACGAGUUUGAGUGUGGUUAGUAAUACGGUUGGUUCGGUUGUUAUUUCGCAGACUACGGUGCAGACGGUGUGUUAUCAGGAGGUCUGGGAGCCGGCUGUGACUAUGAGUACGCCGGCUAUUGUUAUUUGUCCGGUUACGGUGACGGGGAGUUCUUAA